AUGGCCCGCGACGCCCCUCGGAAACUUGGCGAUCUCGCGGCCCCGGUCGUCCGCCUCGCGGCCGUGUCACACCCUCGUCCCGGAUCCCCGCUCCGCCUCCUCGGAACACCAGGAAGAGGCCUGAAUGCCUUGUCCAGCUUUGACAGUAUUGUUUACUUUGCUGGAGGAGGCCCCAAGAGUGCUCGAGCUGUGGCCAAGCCGAGGUAUGUGUCGGUAGCCCCUUACUUUAUUUUAAUCUCUUUUUCACCCUAUCUUCCAGGAACUCGAAUCAUUUAUGAUCGAAAGUUUCUGUUGGAUCGUCGCAAUUCUCCCAUGGCUCAGACCCCACCCUGCCAUCUGCCCAAUAUCCCGGGAGUUACUAGCCCUGGCACCUUAAUCGAAGACUCCAAAGUAGAAGUAAACAAUUUGAACAACUUGAAGCAUGCAGUUGGGGAUGAUUCUCAGUUUGAGAUGGACAUCUGACCUCCUGCAAGAAUGGGAGAAAAGCAGCAACGCAGAUUCUCGUGUGGACCUCAUGUGGCCAACAGGAAGACAGAGGCAGAACCAGCAGUCCCCAGUGCCAUCCCCGCCUCCCUUCUUCCUUGGGUGCCAAACACUAGGAAGAUGAGCUCUAUCUGGCUGUUUUUUUCUCCUGUUUCCUGUCUUCUGCCCAUCUGGACAGAUUAGCUUGAAGGCCUUUGUAGAGCUAAUCUGUCUGUUGAGGAAAACAGUUAAACUGGCUUCUCUGGUCCUGUCUCUGUUGAGAAUCUCUGUAUUCCCCUCAGAUUUAUCUCAGAUCUAAAUCAGUCUAUCAGCAACUUCCUGCCUGGGAUGUCUGGAGAAGGGAUACAGAGGUUUGGCAGGUUCAUCAUUCAUGUUCUUUACUCUGUCUCUCCUCCUUGUAUACCUCUCAUGGUUCAAUGCUGGGUUCAGGGUCUUUAAAACCAGCCAGGGGAAAUGAUAAAAAGAAAGCUGCUUUCCCUUUUACCUUGAGGUAUUUGCCCUUAGGACAGAGCAGCACAAUUUAUGCGACUGUGGUAGCAUUGCUCUGUGACACUAUUUGGAAAUCUGCAUCCGCUCUUUCCCUUGGGAGGAACGUCUUCAGUAUUGUAGUUUCUCAUCCCAUUCCUUUACUCUGCACAUUUGUGCAAAUAUUUUUAAACUCCGACAGGAGGGAGCCCUCAGUAACCAGCUGUCCUUUGUUCUUCUGCCUUCCUCUGCCUGCAGCUUGUUGUUGCAGAGUUCUCUCGUACUAGGAGCUACCCAGGCGAUAGUGUCUGUUCCAAGUGUGGGUCCAGAUGAAGUAACAGAGGCACUUUGCCUUCCGCUUGCUGAGUAAGGCCUGGUCCUAGAUUCUGCCAUAUAAUACCUAAAAGACUGUAGAGCAACUUGAGUACCCAGUCCCGGUCAGUUUUAAAAUCCAUGGAAUGUUGUGGUAUGUGUUGUCUUGGCUUGCAGUUUCUUACAUUUUGAAUUUAAAGUUAACUUUUAGGAGUGUUCUUAGAAAAGAACUACAUUUUUUUUGUGUUUGGAUCUGCUUUGUUUGGCUACUGGGAUAGAUAAGCAUGGAUUUAAAAACGUGUUCCUCCCAGUUUCCUUGCCAUUCCCAUUGUACUCUGAGUCCUCCCUUUCCUUUCUUCCCUCCCCCUUCUUUUCUACCCCUUUCCUCUGCCAGGCCAUUUUUCACAUCUACAGCAAAGAUACCUCCAGUGUUGGUAUCUGAUAUCUGUCACUUACUGAAGAGUGACAUUUUAUUUUUAAGAUGACUACAGACCUAUUUUUAGAUGUUUUCGAUACAAUUUUGAACAGCAACUUCUUAAUUUAACAUCUUCCAGUGUUGGGAAAGUAAGAAAUUUCCAUGGCCGAGUCUGCUGUUUGGUGUCAUUGUCCUUUGUCUCCCUCCCCAAUUCCUUCUGGCCUCUUUUCUUCUCCGUAAGUUUUGGGUAUGCGUUUUUAGAGCUUGUAGUAGGUGGUUUGUAAAACUGGACCAUUCUGCCUUGCUGUGGGUUGUUUAGGAAAACCUCAUUCUUAUCUUUUUGUUCUUCCAUUCACUCUUUUCCCCACCCCGCUCUCCUGGUACUGCUGACUGGCACAGUGGCUCCAGGAGCAUCUCCACUAUAGGAAGACAGACACCAUCCCCUUGAGUGAAAACAAGUAGAGUAGCCAUUGGUGUCCUGGGCAUUUCUGGUUGGAUUCUUAAGAGAUUCUAGGGUGAGAGUACCAGGCCCAUUGGCUAAGAAAUGAGAAAGAAAGCUGGUUUUCUUUGGAACUACAAGAAGACGCUAUUAGCAAAGUUAUUUUAGAAAGAGGGGGUGUUUGCAGAAAUUUGUUCUGUCUUUUGCUACAAAAUGUGAAUAGUUCAGAGUGAAAACCUCUUGUGACAGUUAAUGUCUCACAAGAAUAAGCUGAAGGGCCAGAGAUGUAGCUCAGUGGUGCCACUGCCUGCCUUGUAAGCACAAGGUCCUGAGUUCAAUCCUUGGUACCAAAAAAAAGAAUAAGCUGGCUCUCCAGUGUCUUGGGGGUGCUUUGAGUCCUACAAUCAGUAAUCAAAAAAAUUUUGUUUAAUGUAUUCCUCUUAUUUUAAUUAAACUUCAAAUUUGCUUUACAUAGUCUUAGAAAAACAAAGUUGUGCUGUCGUUUAUCUAAGAAGUUUGCUCAGACCUUUGUACCCUAGAGUUUGGUUCUUUGGGAGUGAAGCUUCUUGUUCAUUUACUGGCAUUGCAUCCUGUGGAAUCUGGCUCCAGCUAGCAGCUCGCAGGCUGGCUGUGACAGUAUGCUAUACUCUUCUUGAUGUGUGUUGCUCACUGUAAAGACUUUGCUUCCUCGCUGACCCACAGUGGACAGAGUUUGAGUAGUAGCAAGUUAUCCUUUCUCCCUGUCUUAUCAUCUCUAAUCACAGGCCAUGUUUUUAGUGUUUCCUGGGAGUGUUAAACUGCAUAAUGUAUGGGCUGUCCAGACCCGGAUCCGUCUCUGCCAUAACUUCCUUACUGCUUGCUGCAGUUCUUUCCUGGAGGCCACCACUGCCAGCAUAACUUGUCCUUGAUAAAUUAGCAUUGUAGAAAUAGUCACACAACACAGAGAUAAGCUUCCAGCAGAUGAUGUCUUCGUAUCAUGCUUCAGAAUGGUUUUCAGAGCAAGCCAGAGUCUGGCAGGUGUUUUACCUUGGGAUGGUCAGAGGGCACCUCACAGAUGAAGCCUUCCAUAAUGUGUCCUGGCUUUUUGUUAGGAAGGGAAUGCCUCCCUCCAUCUGAGGUUACCAUCUGAGUGGGACAGUUCUUAAAAUCUUAGUGACCGUUAGGUUUUUAUGAAGCAACUACAUUUCUGUACUUCUGGGGAUAAUCAGUCUUAUGGGAAAUUACCUCCCUCCAGAUUGUAGCAGGAGAUACGCACUGUCAUAGUUCUGCCUUGUUUACUGUGUAGUUCAUUGAGUUCCUUAGCUCUCCUGUUUAUUCAAAUACGUGUCUCAUUAAGAACACAGGAGUGAACAAGCUGGCUUUUAGGAAUUGGGCUUCCAAGCCAGAGAAUUUUCCUUCUAUCUGUAUUACUUAUCCAUUGCUGUGUAACAAAUUACUUUCAAAUUUAAUAUCUUAAAAUAGCAAGCAGUAUCUGUUAGUUUCUGAAGGGUAGAUCGGGAGAGCUUCGGAGGAUGCUUCUUGCCCAGGAUUUCAUGAAGUUUCAAGAUGAGAGCAGAGGCUGCAGUCAUCUGGAGCUGGAGAAUCUACUUCCAGACUUCCCCAGUGGCUAUUGGCAGGGUGCCUCAUGUAGUUCUCACAUGUGGCAACACAAGUGUCCUCACACCGUCAUAGUUGGCUUCCCUUUGAGUGACUGACCCCCAAGGAGACGGACAAGGAGAAAGUAACAGUGCCUUAAAACCACCAUUCUCCCAAAAGGGGAUGAAAACAGGGCAAAGGAAGGGAGAUUCAACUAAAUGAUAAGCUACAAGAUAAAUUGCUGUUAAAACCAGUUGCCCAAGAUGUGUAUCAUCAAACUGGGAUAGGAGACAAAGUUUCUCCUACCUGACAGUCUGGAGAGGAAAGACAAGAAACCAGUUUUCUAGAGAGCUAUAGUAGCUCUCCGUCUGCCUGAUUAUCAGCAGCUCAGGGAUGUUUGCAAGGCACACACUGGGUGUUUCCAGGACUCAUUUACACUAUUAUUCUCCUUUGAUCAGUAAUUGGCUGAGAAAGGGAACUGGGGCCUUCCAGCUGAGCCACUAGAGCAGUCUUAAUUGAAGGGGAACAAAGGGAAUAGGAGUGAGGUUAUUGAGCUGCAGAAGAGAAAGCAGUUCAGAUUCAGGGUGAAAUAGUUGGUAGUGUCAGGAAACCAGGUCCCCACCUGAGUCAGUGUUGUGCACCUGCUCUCUCAACUACACCAGCUUGCAGACUCGAUCAGGUUGUUCUCCAUAAGCUAGGGAACACCUGAGGAUUAUAAAUGUCUGCUGAUUGCCCGUUGUGUCCAGGGUGCAGGUGAACUCUGUGCCCACCUUGCCCUGGGCUUCUUGAUGGAAGUGCUUUCUUAUAGGGAACCAGUCUGGUUUUCACCUCAGGAGAAACUUAGAGGCUGGUUCUCAGCUCAACACAUUCUUGGUGGAUGCCUGCUGUUUCUGCCACUCAUUCCCCAGACAAUCUUGAGUGAUUUCAGGUAUCUUAAAGAUGGCGAUUCUUGUUUGAUUUUACCCUCUGCCCCUCCUAGAUUUUCUUCCCUGCAACCGUGCUUGCUUUAGCAUGUACUUGAACAUAAAGCAUUGCUGCUGAGGUAGUCAGAGAGUUGCUCCUUCAGGAAGCAUAGCCCUCAUCUCUAAAGUGCCAUCCAGUGAACUCUGCUUUUCCUCCUGACUUGGGAUGAAGUUAAAAAUCGGUGGUCUUUUAUAUUAUUGCUGUUUUUAUUGUUAUUUGGAUUAUUGGUUCUUUGGGUUGCUCAGACCCAGUUCCUUCCCAGUUCAGACGUGGAAGUCUGCAUAUCUAUCUGAAAGCAGCAAGGCCCAUGGGUUGUACCAGUUCACGCCACAGCCGUGUACACAGUGCCUACUGGCUGUGAGUGGAGGCUCAGCAUGUUGGAAGCAGUGCCCCAGGGAUACAGUCUCUCCUCCUUUAGUACCCACUGCUUGAAGCCAGGGCCCUGAGCCUUUUCCAUUCCCCUCUAGGGAGAAGGCCCUGUUGUCUGUCUGGCUGUCUGGCUGUCUGGCUGUCUAAUUCAGUACUGUCUCUUCUCAGCAUGUUUUCUGGACUACAUGCACAUGAGUGGCUAUUUAUUCACAUGCGAAACCCAAUCACUUACCCAUCCUUAACAUCUGGGAGAGGGUACACUUUGUUGUAAAAUUUUUGUGAGGGCAGCUUCUGCCUGAACUUCAAGGAGGAUAUAGUAACCCGACAGUUGCUUACCUCUCAGGUUUUUUUUUUGUUUUGUUUUGUUUUGUUUUGGUCCUGGAGAUGGAACUUGGCCUCAUGUAUGCUGAGCAGGUGCUACAUCACUACGUUACAUAUCCAGACCUUGAACUUGGAUCCAGAUGCAGGUCUGUCACCAGUCUGCAGAAUGCUUACACUCCAGGCACGCUUUCUGUUCCAGGAAAGGUUUGCCAUUUUAGUGCAGUUUCUUUGAGGCUCAUUCACAGCAGUUUCUAACUGAAGACUAACAUGGUGAUUGAUAGAUACUCAUUUUUCCAAUUAAUCAUUCAGGACACCUUUCCCACCCUCUGGAAUUUAAACUCUUCUCUAGGCGGGCCCUAAAGUUGAUAUUUUUUUGGCAAAGCUUAGGUUUUGAAGUCUUGAGUUGGCUUGUUAGCCUCUGCCUGCCACACCGACAGGCCAUACCAGAUGUCAUAGAUGCCUGUAGGAAGUGUACUGAGCUGAAAUGCUUCCCAGGGUAUUGAAAUGCUCACUCUGCCACUGGGCAGAGGUGAAUCAGUGCUUGGUACUCACUUGGCCAUGUUGAGGUUUCUAAAGGGAGCUCUUGCCA